UGUCUAGGUAAGAAGAGGGCGCUCUUCCCGAAUUUUGGGGAGUCUUUUUCUCAGUAUUACGUGCACCCCUGGUUACCAACUCUCCUCAGUCGGCAUAGGCUGCAUGUGGGGGGGACGGGCUCCCACAGUCCUGCUCGGUGGAGCGGGACGUUUUCCUUCGGGGCGCGGAAGAGGGAGGGCGGAGCCCGAGUGUCUAGGCAGGCGAAGGCUUCCUGCGGUGCGGUUUCCCGGGACAGCCGCACGGAGAGACCGAAUUCGCCCCCCCGCCCUCAGGCCGCCCUGCUCCUGUCGUUUCUUUGGAUGCCAUUCCUGCUGCCCGUGGCCUCUCGCUUUCUAUCCCGAGCCCUGCUGUCCAUGGCCUCCGAAGUGCCCCCGUCCCAGCCCUCACCAGCCGCAGGCUCCGGCUAUGUUCCCGGAUCGGUCUCUGCAGCAUUUGUCACCUGCCCGAACUCGAAGGUCGCCACGGAGAUCGCCAGGGCUGUGGUGGAGAAGCGCCUGGCAGCCUGCGUGAACCUCAUCCCUCAGAUCACAUCCAUCUACGAAUGGAAAGGCAAGAUCGAGGAGGACAGUGAGGUGCUGAUGAUGAUCAAGACUCAGAGUUCCUUGGUCCCAGCUCUGACAGAAUUUGUCCGUUCCGUACACCCGUAUGAAGUGGCAGAGGUGAUCGCGCUGCCUGUGGAGCAGGGGAACUCCCCGUACCUGCAGUGGGUGCAGCAGGUCACAGAGUCCAGCUCCGACUCCAGCACCAUCCAGCCGUGAUCACCUCCCAGAUUCCCGUGCUCUCUGCCUUCCAGGUGAUAACUGGGCCCCCAAUAAAUCCUGUCUUUGGUUCUC